CUGCAGCCAAAGCAUGUGAGACAGACCAGGACAGAGGACGCUGUGUUCCCCGUAAGACAAAAAACUUUCAGCCUGAGAAAAUUACCGAUUCUCUCAUCGGGAGACAUUUUCUCAACUGGCCACUGUUCGUGACAGCUGUGCAGCUUCUUCUGCACAUCAAAGUCGCUGCAGCUGCACAAGCACAAGCUGAGGAGCGGCGUAGCCUGGCAGGGAACAGCCCAGGACCUACAACCAACACAUCCGCUAAACCUCAGAGCUGCAGGCCAGUUAUUGAUGGUGCCACAAUUAGAAUAGACGACAGACUUCGAGUGGCAAAGGAGAGGCGAGAGGAGGCAGAGAGACAACAGGCGUUGCGAGAAUCUGAUAUCAUGGAGCGGGAGCGCAAAGCCAAGCUACAAGUGGAGCGUCAGAUGGAGGAGCGUCAGAAAAAGGUUGAGGAGCAGCGUAAGAAGGAGGAGCAGAAACGAUUGGCUGCGGAGGAGAAGAGGAAGCAAAAACAGGAAGAGGAAAAGGAACACUAUGAAGCAGUGAUGCGCCGGACGCUGGAGCGCAGCCAGCGACUGGAGCAGAGGCAGAAGAGAUGGUCCUGGGGAGGACUGUCCUCCGACUCUGAUGGACGAACAGGAGACUCUGAUGCCAGCAUCUCAUCUCCAGUAACUAUAGUUAUCUCCUCUGCGUCACCAGAAAAGCCACCACGGAGUCAACCAGUGGACAAGCGCUCCACAUCCAUCAUGAACCUCAAACAGCCAUCUGAGGCUGGCAUCAGCAAACGCCUGUCCUCUUCCUCCGCCACCCUCAUCAAAUCUCCUGACAAAAGUGUUAAGGCGAGGAGUUCGUCUUGUAACCGGUUGCCUAGCAAUGGCAACGCUCCUCAGACCAGUAAGGAAGAUGGCAGAAAGCUGCAGGUGGAACAGACAGGCCGAUCUGUGAAGAAGAGAAGUUCCUCCCUCACUCGAGUAAGUGUGGGCAGAGCACAAACCCCUGCCAAGCCCGAUAAGGAGACGACUGAUGAUCAAGCUCGCAGGCAGCCGGCUAGCAUUGUGGAUGGAGGGGUCCUUAGUCGUCUGCUCACCCCCACCCAGGCCUCACUAGCUAGGAGCAAGAGCGCCGCCGCCCUGUCCGCUGAAGGAACAGAUGCUCCAGAGUGUCACAUGUGUCCUCGCUCAGCCUCUGCCAGUCCCCUGCACCCACCACGUGGACCCGUGCGCAGCCGCAGCAUUGACCGUCAGAAGAGCGGCAUGCCCACAUCGGUUUCAGCUGAUGGAGCUCUUGACCCAUCAAUGAAGGACAAGCAGGCAGCUUCUCAGGGGGGACAACGUCCCGCCUCUCCAUCAACUACCCUUGUACGCAACCGCUCCCCAUCACCAGCUCCAAAGGCAGCUCCAAAGAGGACCCCUUCCCCUGCUGCAAACAAACAAAGUCCCAGGAUGCGCCCACCCUCACCUGCUGCGAACAAACAACGCCCCCCAUCCCCACAGCCUACAUUAACCAAACCCCCACCCAUCCAGAAACCAGCUUUAACACCAACAGGACCAACAACUUUCAGAAAGAGAGACUCCAAGUCCAAAGACCUAGGUCCUGUCCAGGCUGUUGCUUCACAGUCCCCGGAAACCAACAAGACCAAAGACAAAGAUGACUCUAAAGGCUCAAUGGGCACCAACUCGGCCGCGGAGGCAGCCAAGAUCCUGGCAGAGAACCGCAGAUUGAUGCGGGAGCAGAAGGAGAGAGAGGAGCAACUGCGGAUACAGAGGGAGGAGGAGGAGAAGCUAAGAAAAGAAGAAGAGGAACGUUUAGCAGAAGAGGCUCGACUAAAACGCCUGGAGGAGGAGAAGAAGCUUGCUGAGGAAAGAAAACUCCGAGAGGAGGAGGAGGCUCGUCUAGCAGAAGAAGAGCGGGUAAGACUGGCAGAAGAGGAGGCGCUGAAACAAGCGGAGCUCCAGAAGGAACGGGAGGAGGCUGAGGCCAAAGCUCUGGAGGAGGCAGAAAGAGUCCGGCAGGAGAGAGACCGGAUCAUGCAGCAGAAUCAGCAGGAACGGAUGGAGAGGAAGAAGAGAAUUGAGGAAAUAAUGAAGAGAACAAGAAAGGGAGACUCAACUGACUUCAAGAGAGAUGACGAUAAAUGCGCACAGGAGAAUGGAGAAGAGAGCGGGGACCAGAAUGACUGUGAAAUACAGAGCCAGACAGAGGACCUAGCUAUGGAGGACAGCAGAGACGAGCUGUGUACUGCUGAGGCUGAGCCACGAGAGGAGCCCCUGGGCAGUGUCAAUGGGAAACCAGAGACUGAUGACAAAGAGAACAACAAUGAUGUGAACACAGAUGAGACCCAGGCAGUGAGUCCAGUCCCUAAAGGCCUGCUCACAGAGGGCUCGGAGUACUUGAAUGAGCAGGAGUCCACCAGGGUGGGUCUGGUCUCGGGCCUCAAUGGUAAAUCCAACCAGUGGAGCUUUGAGGGACUCAUUGACCUCAACGUCCACCCCAGGACUCGGCCUCUCAUGGAGGCAGAGGACUGUAACCAGGUCUUGAUUAACUGUGAUGGGAGUUCAGAUGGAAGUAAAGUCGCCUUUGAGGACAACGGCGCCCCUGUCAACACUCUGCAUUCUGCUGCUCAACCAAUAGAAGCCCUGUCCGAUGUUUGAUGCAGCCGCCAGUCCUGGGAGGCGUCGUACUGUCGCACUUCUGAUUCUUCUCGCCUAGCGCUUACCAAUUCCUGUCUACUUCGUCUUUCUCCUCCUCCUCCUCACUGAGGAAGAAGCACAAGGUGAAGCAGUGAUACAGUUGCACCCUCCUACCAUAUGGAAAUGAAUAUAUUAAAUGAUAUAUUAAGUAACAUUAUGCUUCAGGGAAAUUCCACAAAGUCCUUCAGUGUGCUUGCUCCAGGUCUCUCUCCUUGUUCAUUUGUUUCCGUCUAAUUUUGCUGAUGUUUUUUAAAGGUUUUGUCUUUGUCAGGGGUGCAUUGUUGUAAUUUAUUAAUUUUUUUUCUUAUAUGUUUAGUAUUUUCCAAUGUAUGAAAAUAUUCCAGGACACGUGCAUGUUAUGUUGUGAGCUGAAAGUAAGGAAAAUGGAAGGAACAUUGAUACAUUCUGUUCGAUGGGGUGGCAUUGACGUGCCAGGUUUUGGCACGUGAUCCGACUAAAUUUACUUGACCAUCCAGAAAUAUGGCCUUAAAAUGUGUUUGUGUAUUUAAGUGUGAAAUGACUAAACUGUCUUUGCUGACGCACGCACAGUUCAGUGACCUCCCGUCAGGUUCUCAUAGGUGGGGGUGGAUUCCAUAUUCCUGCUUAACUUCACUGAUCUGUCCCGUCGCUCGUUUUAACACACACCUGGUGAAGGACCUUCUCUCGUGUCGUUUGCUCUUUUGGCCACUAGAGGGACUCAGGAGCACAACUGUUACAUUAUGUCUCGGCAUAGCAAAUUCUCAUGUUCAGUGAUGUUUUUUCAAUUUGUUGUUACCAGUUUGUUUCCUGUUAGGGUUUGUUUAAUUAUAUGUUUUACAUGUGAAUAUAGAAUUUAACUAACAUCAUUGAACAAGGUAUCAAAUUAGCAUUGAGGGUGGAGUCUUGUGUAAGUUGACUUCACAUUGUUAACACAGACUGGUAGCGUCCAUUAGUAUCAUUCAUAACGGCUUCUGAGCUUCUUAAGGUGGUAUGUCUGUGUUACUGAACUGACCUUGAAUGUUUGGCUGUUUUGUCACAUCUAAAACUCAGGUUUUUGUAAAUCUGGUUUUAACUCGCGCUUUACUAACAUGUUUCCAUCCUUUGCUGUGUCUGUGUGGCUCUGUCAAGUACUCCACAUAUUUCUGUUUAUUUUCUAAGACCUUUGUUCCUGCCUCAGCAUCUGACAAAAAGCAUUUCAACAUUCUUUUAUAAUGUAAAAUGUGGUUAUGUAUGAAAAUACGUUUCUACAGAUAUUUAAGUGUUAUUCUAAUAUGUGUAUAUAAUCAGUAUUAGGCAAAUGAUGCCAUGUGUUGGGUGGAAUGUGGAUAACUAACUAACUUCUGUGUAUGUGACCGUGCUAUAACUUGGGUUUCGGUUCUCUGUAACCAAACCGUCAGGUUAAAGUUGGGCAGCCUGAGGAUCCAAACUGCAAUGUUACAAUAUUGCUUUACACAGACUAAUGUCGACAUGUUGAUGACAAACGGAGCUUCUCCAGCCCUGAGCAAACACUUACGACCUGUGAAAACAGCCCCAGUUUUGCCUCAUGAUGCUUUCAAUGCCAUCUACGGUUCUGUAGUACAGUUCUAUUGGACCUAUUAGCUCAGGGAGCUAAAGGAUCAUAACACAGGUCAGGUUUGAUUCCCCUGUUUUAUGGUGGUUCUAUUCCGUGAUCUGUAAAUCUGCGACUCUAAUAGCACAGAAUGUAACAGACCCUAUGAAACCAUCCUUUACUGUGUCUCAGAGCUUCCCACCGCUAAUGCUACGAUAUUCACCUAGAAAACAUGAGAUUCUUUGCACUGUCACAUAUUAUUAGACUUUUUACUGAGGAUUAGCUUUACUGUACAGAUUGACAGAGUUUUUGUGGAGGAUGCGCUUCGCUCAGAUUAUUAGAGGAUGUAGAAGUUUAAUAACCCACAACACAACUGGCCUGCACCCAGAUCCCUCCCACACCUUCCCCACUCAGCUCUCCACACACGAGUAGCACCCAUGGGAGGCUGUAGCUGCUGCUUGAACAGGACCUGCGUCCUGUCCUCAGUGUCGUUGGUAACAAUAGGAUAGAAAUGGUGCCUUAGACUGAGAUGUAGAAUUGAUGUUGUGUCACACGUAACUAGAAGAGCUUGUCCUUACCUCAGCCUCGACAAUCAGUCCACCCAACCAGGGGCGACUUUGUGAAUAUGAAUGUUUCUCUGCAAGAUUUACAAACCUAACGAUGCCCUGUUCACAUGAAAUCUGUAAUGUAAAUAUAUCUAAAGUUUACUGAGAUGAUACGAACUGUUAAUAAAGUGUUGCAGAUACGUC